AUGGUUGACCCUUCAGAGUCCGAAGACCAGGGCAAGUGCAAAGGCCCGCCGCUCGACAGGCCCGCGGAGGCCACAGAAGCCCCCCGGCUGCCCGAACAGGGCGAGGACAUGGCGACGGAGGGGCAAGGGGAGGGCGGCUUCGAGACGCCGCCCACCGGCAGCUCCGAGCCGAGCCCCUGCCGCGCCGCGGCCUCGUCGGCGCCAGGUGUUGACCCUCAGGGCAGCCCCGCUCAGCUGCCCGCGACGCAGCCCGACAGGGAGCCCUCGCCGAAGCUGCACCUGGAUCUGUACAACUUCGACUCGCCGGCCGCGGAGGGCAGCCGCUACGUGCUGACGAGCCCCCGGUCCCUGGAGGCCUGCGCUCGAUGCGGCGUGAAGCCCGUGGAGCUCCUGCCGCGCUCGCUGGCCGACUUCGCCCGCGAGGCCCCGGGUCGCUCCAUGCGUGUGGCCACAGGGCUGUUCGAGGUUUACGAGCGGGACCGGCACGCCAAGCUCAGGCAGUGCCGAGAUGAACGGGAGAGGAUCGUCCGGGAGGAGAAGAGACGGAUCUUGCAGGCUGCGGUCAACGGCAACAACAGCGCCGCGUCCUGCUCGGCGGAGCAGCCUCCCAAAGUCACCUCUGCCUCAAGCCAGCCAUCUAGCACAGAGCCUGUGACCUCUAGCUCGGCGCCCGAUUCUGGAGCUUCCCCUCAGGGCACGGCAUCGGGUCCAACCUCGAAAACCGGCACAACUCGUUUAUCUAAAGCUUCCCCCUCAAGCCUUAGUCCCUCCCAUAAAGCUGCCCUCACCGGACCGACUCCGUUCUCAAAAAGCGGUUCGAUGAGCUCAGCAGCAUCCUCAAAGCCCGGGUCCUCGCAAGUGGUCUCACCUGCCCCCCCACCGGUCGCGAGGAAAUCCUCUGGCGGUAAAACCUCGAACACCUUCCCCAGGUCGACGCCGAAGCCGCCGUCUUUUCCCAGAGCCAACUCCACACUGACGCCCUCGGCGCCGAGGCCGGUGGCUCAGAGCCCCGGCACACCUCUAAAUGGCUUAACGGGGAGGCCCUUAUCUCAGCUCAACGGCCACCUCGGGUCCGGGGUGCGAGGUAAAAGCCAUUCGCUGGAAUCCCUGCAGCGGAGGACGGACACGGUCUGCUCCUCCGCCUCAAACACCACCACCACUACGACGUGCACGUCCUCCGAGUCGGGCGCCUCCUCCUCCUCCUACGGCUGGGACGGCACGCGUGACCACUGGGCCAAGGUGGCCAGCCCGCGCGCUCGCACGCUGGCCACCUUCAACUCCCUGAUGGGCCGCAGCCUGAGCCUGGGUGACCUCAGCCACUCCCCUCAGACCACGCAGAAGGUGGAGCGCAUAGUCAAGGAGGUGAAACGGCGGGGACUGAAGGCAGUGCCAGAGCGCGACCGUAAGAUCGCAGCCCUGAUGCUGGCCAGGUACCAGGAGGAGGACAUCAUGAGCCAGACACGGUACGUGGCCCACCUCCAGUGGGACAGCGAGCGGCGCAUGGAGGAGCUGCGGCGAGAGCAGGAGGAGAGGGAGAAGCAGCGUGCCGUGCUGCAGUGCCAGCGGGCCUGGCAGUCACAGGUGUCGACCCGCCAGCGCCUCCUCAGCCUGCAGGAGCGAGAGUCGGCAGCCGCCAAAAUGCGACAGGCAGAAGAGAAUGAGGAGCGUUGGAGGGAGCUGGCAGAGCAGCAGGAGCGCAGUCGCCUGCAGAGGCUGCAGCAGGCGGCCCGCGAGGAGGCGCAGAAAAAAGCCGUACAGGAGCAGAACCUCAGGGCCCUGGAGGACGACCGGGCGGCCAUCCUGGAGCAGGAGAGGCUGCUGCUGAAAGAGAAGCUGACCAUGGCGGAGCUGAAGCGGCAGGAGAAGGAGCACCAGGCCCAGGAGGAGAGGCGGGGCCUGAACCGGGCGGAGAGGAGACGCCAUGCCGCCCUGAUACGGGAGAUCUCCCGGCGCGAGGAGGAGGAGAGGGAGGAGGCCAGGAGGGUGGCUGAGAAGAAGCUGAGCCGCUCGCUGGAGAACUACGAGCAGAUAGUGGAGCGGAGAGGGCAGGAGCUGAAGGAGAAGGCCCGGCGUGAGGAGAAGCAGAUACUGAAGGCACGCAGGGCGGCCGAGCGGCGGGAGCGGCAGCAGCAGCAGCAGGUGGAGGCGCGUGCGAAGGAGGCGGAGAAACGAUCCCAGCAGGCAGCUCUGGUGGCCGAGGAGAGGGCCAAGGAGAAGGCCCAGCGGGCCGUCCAGAGCCGGCAGGAGAAGGAGCGGUUGCAGAAGCUCAACCGGCAGCGCGUGGAGGAGGAGGAGAAGCAGAGGCGGCUGGAGCUCCUCCAGUCCAUCGAGAGGAAGCUGGAAAAGAGCGAGCAGAUCUUCAAAGAGAAGCGUGCGGUGCUGGAGAGCGCCCGCUCGGUGGCCCGGGCCUCCUUCCACGUGAGGGACAGGGUGCGGGAAGAGACCAAUAUGCGCACCUUCGAUAAGAUGGCCCUGGAGGCCCAGCUGAAAGCCAGCCUGGACGAGAAGUGUGGGCCUGAGAGCCGAAGCCGAAUGAAAAGAGUCAUUGUUUGA